CAAAUAUGAACCCGACCCGCUAAACCCAAAAAACCCGACCCGCAAAAAGCGGGUUUUGAACAAAUAUUUUUAAAAAGUGACCCGUUUAACCCGCUUUUUUAAACCCGCAAAAAAUGGGUCAAAAACGGGUCGGGUCGGGUCUGACCCGUCGGGUUUAACCCUUAAAAUUUAAAAAUUAAAAGAGGAAAGAAAGGCGCUUCAUUCAUUUCAUCCAGCCGGCCCUAAUCUGCGUUGUUCUUCAUCCUCACAAGUCACACCUCACUCCUCAGGCGAUCGUUCCUUCUUCAGAGUUCUUCUUCAUCCUCAGUCAUCAUCUCCGUUCCCAGUCAUCAUCAGCCCUAAAUCUAUGGGACGUCGAGCUUCAAGUAGUAGCCGCCGCCGCCCUCCGUUCCCACGAAAAGGGUGUUCAGACUGUUCACCAUCACCUCUUGGACAAUUCUUUUCUUCUUCAUCAUCUCCCACUCCUCAAGAAGGAGUUGAGCCAAAUGAUGAUAGUAACAAUCCUGGAACAGAUGGAAGUUAUGGAACAGAUGUUGAGACUCCUAACAUUGGGCAAGAAGCUACUCCAACAUUCGGAACUCGCAAGAGAAAAUGGACAUCAGAUUGUUGGGACCAUUACAAUACUUUCGAUGGUGAUGAAUUCGCUGAUAAGAGGCCAAGAGCUUACUGUAAGUAUUGUAAUAAAGGACCUAUCUUUGCCGACUCAAUGUAUGGUACUACUAAUUUUAGACGUCACACUGAAUCUUGUCAAGCUCGUGAUAAUUGUGAUAUUCGUCAAAUGCUCUUAGAUAAAAAAGCUAAGCCUGUUUUGAAAUACAAUCCUAUUGAGUACAAACAAAAGGUUGCUUUGGCUAUCAUUAGGCAUGGAUAUAGUUACACUUUUGCUGAGCAUGAAGGGAAUAGGGAUAUCCAUACAUAUUUAAAUGAAAAUUGUAAACCAAUAUGUCGAAAUACAGCUAGGAAUUGGACUAUUAAAAUUCAUCAAAGGGAGAGAAAACAAUUAAAAAAGGCAUUACAUGUUAUCCCUGGAAAGAUUUGCUUGACAUCGGAUAUGUGGUCCUCAAUUGUUGGUCAAGGAUACCUUUCUUUAACUGCUCAUUACAUAGAUGAGAAUUGGAAGUUGAGUCUCUCAUAUUGA